AGUGAUUGCAGGGUCCUGGGAGACCAGAUAUAGUGAAUGCAGGUUCCGGGGAGAACAGAUAUAGUGAAUGCAGGGUCCAGGGAGAACCAGAUAUAGUGAAUGCUGGGUCCUGGGAGACCAGAUAUAGUGAAUGCAGGGUCCGGGGAGACCAGAUAUAGUGAAUGCAGGGUCCGGGGAGACCAGAUAUAGUGAAUGCAGGGUCCGGGGAGACCAGUUAUAGUGAAUGCAGGGUCCUGGGAGACCAGAUAUAGUGAAUGCAGGGUUCGGGGAGACCAGAUAUAGUGAAUGCAGGGUCCGGGGAGACCAGAUAUAGUGAAUGCAGGGUCCUGGGUUUAGUAACACUUUCAGCCAUGGGGUUGAGGGAUCAUUCGAACACAUUCAUCCAGGGGCGGACUGACCAUUUGAGCACUCGGGCACUGCCCGAGGGCCCGGGGUGUGGGCAAGGACCCAGGGGCCCCAUGAUCCCCUAUUGCCCGGGGGCCCCAUAAGUUGUCAAUCUGCUCCUG